AAAAAUAGGCAUUUAUUAGCACAUCUGUAGAUAAGCUUUAGGAGCAUAUGAAUCCAUAAUUGCUUGAUUAAGGUCACAUGGGAAGUCCAUCGGAAACAUUAUUUGCUCAUAAAUCUCCCUAGUCCUCACACACAAUCUUAGAAGUUUAUUUUCUUGUUACACAUCCAAGAACGAUUCUCAUAAACUAUACUCCCAUAUCAUGAUUGUAAUUUCACUCUAGAAGUGUCUUUUUUUGAGAAUUUACAUCAUAUGUUAUUUCCAAAUGUGUGUUAUCUGGUACAAACAGUUGCUCAGGCUGUCGUGAAUUUUUCACAGCUUUAUGCAUUCCACAUUACUUUAAAAUUGAAGCUAUAUUCACUUUUGUUGUGUUCUUGUUUUCUGGUGCAGUCCAAGAGCCCAGCAGCAUGUGUGGAUAUUCCUUUCAUUGCAUGGGGGUAACACCCUCUUCAUGAAUGCUGAUUCACCAAACAUCUCCCAUAAAACAAUGACUCACGUUUCCAUUGCGCAGCUAACUUUCCAGAAACAUCAGUUCCUUAAGCUAUUUCUCCCUGUGUGGCAGCCUACAAGGUUUAACACUCCUGCAAGGAGUGUGUGGGAAAGGGAUGCUGUGCAGAAGAACGUGCUGUCUUUGUCUGUGGAAUUGCCAAGUACAGAAUAACCAGAUUCUGUUCUAUUUAUUUUACAGUCCCAUUUCCCUCCCAUUCGGUUCCAGCUCUACAUGCAUACACUUGCCAAAGGCUUCAGGCAACAACUGCUACCUCAAGUUCAGGUCAAUCAAUAUAGCCGAUGUGCAGAUGUUUAGUUAUAGGUUGCUGAUGGUUUCCUCUGGCAUAGGUUAAUCUUGUUAAAUAUAUGGUUUGAAAAUCUCCCUUCAAAAUGAAUUUUCUGCCUGUUUUUAGAUACACUAUGUGCACUGGUUCUUCUGUGACCUUGACGGGAUGGGUGGUGACAGCUGAAACACUGCUUUACUUUGUCAACACUGAAAUUCACUCCUAUAUUAUAAAACAAGGGGUUGUUACUAUCUUCCACACCAGUGCAUCUGAUCUCUCCUGACAAAGGGGCAUGAGAUGGUUGUAUUCAUCUCAUGAAUACCCUGUUAGAGUUUUUUUCAGUGAACUCAGUCUGGGCUGUUUGCUUCUAUUCACCACAGGGUAAGAAAAGGACCAUUUGCUUCUGUUCAUCUCGUGUACUGUUUCUUGCCAGAGAAUAAGCUGUAUGAAAUGCACAGAGUCUAAAAGGAUUUUAGUGACCUCUUGAUUGUAACAACACUCACUUGAAAACUUCCAGCUUUGAAGAAAAACUGAUUUUUUAAGUUAUACUGAAGACACGGUAAUAUCAUCCAUAAGAUUUUUCUUACUUCUAUGCUUUGUCAAUAGUUUCAGUCCUGAGGGAGAACAGCUGUACUUAGAAGAGCUUUUAAGAAACCACUAAAUUCACCAGGACACCAAUUCCUAUUGUAGUAGGUCAGCAUGUCUCCAGCUGUACUCUGAUUUCCAGUAAUAGACCUAAUCUUCUAAAUCAAUAUGUGAUUGCAGUUGGGAAGCCUGCAUCAUUACAUCAGGCAAAGCACCAGAAUGAAAGACAUGGACAAUAUCAAAACUGUAAAGAAAGAAUGGAUGUGUAAAUCAGGAACUGAUGAUCAGAUAUUGAAUGGUAGGGAACAAAACCGUGACUACUUUGUAGAUAAUCUUUUUGAAGAAGCUCAGAAGGUUGGUGCUAUAUGUAUGCCCCCAACUACAGUCAAGAACCAGGUUGAUGUAAUCAUUAAACUUUGGAAAAAUGGGUUUACAGUAAAUGAUGGUGAACUUAGGAGCUACACUGAUGUUGCAAACCAGCAAUUCUUGGACUCGAUUAAAAAAGGGGAACUGCCUUUUGAGCUACGAAAAGUUUUUGAUAAGGAGGAGGUAGACGUGAAAGUGGAAGAUAAAAAAGAUAAGGCGUAUUUGUCAUCGAAAAAGCCAAUGUUUCAUCCUUUUUCUGGGCAUGGUUACAGAUUAGGAAGUGCUACUCCAAGGAUAAUCUCUAAAGUAAGAGAUGAUCAUCAAGGACCUGCUGACAAAAGACACCUGCCUUUAGUACCCUUAAAUGAUUUGGAGCCUAUCACUAACAUCCAGAUCUGGUUAGCUGAUGGGGAAAGGAUAAUUCAGAAAUUCAAUGUUUCUCACAGAAUAAGCCAUGUGAGAGACUUCAUAACAAAGUAUCAAGGAUCAGAGGCAAGUGUUCCCUUCACACUGACUACUUCACUGCCACUUCAAGAGCUGCAAGAUGAGACACUCACGCUAGAGGAAGCAAAGUUGCAAAAUGCUGUUGUUGUUCAGAGACUUCGGAAAACAACUGAACCUUUCAGACUCUUAGUGAUAAAAGCACCUGACAAUGACUAUAAAACUGCUGUUACACCUAAUGGACAGCUCAAGAAUGAGCAAAAAAAUGCUAUCAAAAGUACAAGAUCAAAUUAGCUUUUAACUGGCAAAAAACUACAUGCAGGUGGAACUAGACAAAACCAAAAAUGUAACCAGCAAUAUCUGGAUGCACUCUUACCCUCAUAUACUGUGCUCUUAGAGAAUAAAAUGUGUGCUGUGCUAUCAUCUCCUAUAAUAGAAGUAUUUUCAACUAAAUUCAGUAGUCAGAGCCUGGCUAUGUAAUGCAGCAGAGAUAACUGUACAACAGGUCAUCCUUAGAAUUUCCUUAGCUUCUUAGUUCUUUAGAGCGUAUGUAGGGAGAACAGUUCUCUGAGACUUAAUUACUACUGAUAGCACCUUUUGCACUUUGGACUAAAGUGAAACUGAACUGGUUGGUUUCACUUACAUUUCAGUGUAAGCUGCUGCAGUUUGCAUUCUUCUUACAGUAAUCUGUAGGCAACAGAUGCUGCAGGGAAGCUCACAUUUGAACUCUUAACUAACUUGAAAAUCUUCAAUAUCAGUAUCUUCAGGAUUUAACUUUUAUCACAAGAUUUGCAGUGUAAUGUUCUAUCAAGUCUUCACAUGGUGGUAGGAGCAUGUGUGAGCAGAUAGAAAUGAGGUAGUCUGGUGCAUACUGCAUAUGAAGUGCCUCAAAGUGAACUCUGAAGGAAUUGUUACUGCCAAUGGUUGAAGUGGUUUGUGCAUCUCUUCUGCUCCUACGGGUCUUACAGAUAGGGUGAUGUUAAACUACCUAGCUCAUUAGUACAGAGAUCUACUUUUAGCCUUGUCACAAAAACUUCAGCUCUACUGGAGAUUACCAUACAGGAAUAGUGGUUUAGAGGGACACAGCUGUCUCUGUACUAUGUAUCUGUCCCUGUCCUGAACUGGCCAGCAGAUUAAGACACUAAUUGCAUGUGGCCAAGUUUCAAUGAUGUUGAAAAUCCUUAUUUGAAAACAGGCUUCUUCCCUUCUGCCCCCAACCCCAUUUCCAUCCAAAUCUUUUAUUUUGCUAUUCAUGUAUUUGAGGCAUAAAAUCUGUAGUCAACUAUUCCAUGUUUUGCUAAAGGAGAAAUCAACAUAAAGACUAAAUAUUUUGUACUGUGUUUGCUAAGUAGCAUGUGGGUUUGUGAACAAAACUAGUCUCUAGGUGAGACUUGUCCUGGGGCCUUUAGUAAGCGCCAACUAGUUUGUGCUACCUAUGCAAAUGGAUGAUUGUUGGGGUUUUAAUUCUUUUGCAUGGUUAAAUUAAAGAUGUGUUUGGGA